CAUCCGAGCUCAGACAAAAUCCUUCACGUAAGCUGUGAUGGACAAGUAUUGCUCUGAGGCGGAGGGACGAGGGGAGCCUGCGAGGGAAUCCACGGCCGCCGUCUUCGCCAUUUCAGGCAGAGAUAACCAUGGUUUCGAGGGAGACUCCGACAACCUCAAGCAGCCGCCUCCACCAGGUCGUGACGACUUUAACAUCCACGUGACUGAUCUUGAGACCGAUUCGCGCAGCCCGAGCGGAGCGGGAAAAGGACCCCAGCAUCCUUCAGGAGAUAAAUGGCAGGACAGUGCAACGUCAAAAAAAGUUCCUCUCGACGACGAGGAACAGCCUGAAGUUACAUGCCAAAUGGUCGCGGCGCUGGUGAUGUCGCUGACGCAGCUGGCCAUCGGCACCAUCUACGGCUUCCCUGGUGUGACGCUGCCCGAGCUCACAGAUCCGAACACGACAGGCCUAUUCCUCGACACAACGCAAGCGGCGAACUACGGCAGCAUGGCGGACUUGGGUGGCUUCUUCGGCUCGGCUCUUGGCACCGUUUUGCUCCUGAAGUUCGGCCAGAGGGUGUCACUGCUCCUCGGCCUGCCAGUCACUGCUGGGGCCUGGUGUGUACUCGUGUUUUCACAGACUCCAACAUUGAUUCAGUCCAUGAGGUUCGUGGUAGGGUUAACCGGGAGCUUCAUGUUACCUGCCGGGACGAUGUACAUGCUAGAAAUCUCUGACAGGAAGCUCCGUGGUCUUCUCUUUGGCAUCGUGACGACUAGCAGACAAGUCGGUGUUCUUUUCGUAUACGCUGUCGGUUGUUUAAACCUGGGUUGGCGUUACACGGGGCUUGUGUGUGCGGGGGUGUCUCUCGUCCCCGUCAUUGGUCUUUUCUUCCUGCCUAAUUCACCGCGUUGGUUGGUCACACAUGGCCGCGUCGACGAGGCUGAGAAGGCCCUUAUGUUCUAUAGGGGGAAGCUGUAUGACUGGAAGCACGAAAUGAAGGCCAUAACAGACCAGGUGGGACAGAAUGCUCAGCAAAAUAACGGAUUCUUGGCCCAACUCAGGAUCAUGAGGGAACCGUCUACCAUGAGAACUCUUGCCGUGCUCCUCUUUAUAUCACUGCUUUGCAAUUUCAGUGGGUAUACUGUACUAAUUGUAUAUGCCGUGCCAAUCUUACAAUCGGCCAACGUAAAUCUGGAUGUCUAUGUUAGUGCCGUAGUAAUCGGUGCUGCCAGGGUAGGUGGCACUCUCGUUUACCUGACAGUUGUGGACAAAAUGGGUCGGAAACCUUUGCUGAUCUCUGCGUAUACUGUAUGUGGACUUAGCAUGGCAGUUCUGGGAUGUUUCCUCUAUAUCCGAGACACUUUCGGAUAUGAGUAUAUAGACCACAUAGGAUGGAUUCCUCUAGCUUCCCUCGUCGUCUACGUCUUCUUCACAGGCGUUGGUCAGCCUGUUGUUUUCAUUCUUCAUGGAGAACUGCUUCCCACUGCCUUCCGAGCCGCUGGUGUUUCCUUUAUAAUGAUUCUCGUUUUCUUGGGGAGUUUCGCCGCCAUUCGCACGUACUCCCUGAUGUCUGGGGUGAUGGGUGAGCACGGAGCUUUUUGGUUCUAUGGUGGAAUUUGCCUGACCAUCGCUGCGGUUGGUUGCCUAGCUUUGCCUGAGACCAGCGGACGCUCCCUGGAGGAAAUCACAGGCAAGGAACACCAAAGAAUGCGAAAGACUACUGAAAAUAGUUUCACAUUGGAAACCUCUAAUUCUAAAGUAUGAAUACUACGUAGCCAAUAUGCAGUGCUCUAUGAAAGGUAAAACACUACAACGUGUUAAUAAAAUGGUGGUAUGUGUGCAAUAAAUCACACACACACACAAAUUCACACACACACACACACAUGUAUACAC